UUGGUGACGCAGCAGCAUGCAACUUGACAGCUGAACAACAAAUGAGCUAAAAUGACGAAAAGAAAAGCGCUGAAAGCUUCUUUAAUGUGACUGUGUGUUCACGUCAACAUGAAGUGAAAGUGUCCUCGUCCCUCUUUCAUCUGUUCAGCGACUUUUUUACCGGACUAAAGGCGGAUUCGUUUUUACAGACAUCAUGUCGUUCGUGGUGGACUCCGUCAUCAUGUUCACCUCCCAGGUGCUGUUCUUUGGAUUUGGUUGGUUAUUCUUUAUGCGGAGACUUUUCAAAGACUAUGAGGUGCGACAGUACAUCGUCCAAGUGGUUUUCUCCAUCACGUUUGCUUUUUCGUGUACCAUGUUUGAGCUCAUCAUAUUUGAGAUUCUAGGUGCCUUAAGUACCAGUUCCAGGUAUUUCCACUGGAAACUGAAUCUGUACGUGAUCCUUCUGGUUCUAAUCUUCGUGGUGCCUUUUUACAUCGGAUACUUUGUCGUCAGCAACAUACGCCUGCUGGCGAGACAGAAGCUUCUGUUCGCCUGCAUGGUGUGGUUUACCUUCAUGUAUUUCUUCUGGAAGCUGGGAGACCCAUUUCCCAUCCUCAGUCCCAAACAUGGCAUCCUGUCCAUCGAGCAGCUCAUCAGUCGAGUUGGUGUGAUCGGCGUUACUCUCAUGGCUCUGCUGUCCGGGUUUGGUGCUGUAAACUGUCCCUACACGUACAUGUCCUAUUUCCUCAGAAAUGUAACAGACAGUGACAUCCUUGCUCUGGAGCGGCGACUGCUCCAAACUAUGGAUAUGAUUGUGAGCAAGAAGAAACGAAUUGCUCUGACGCGGAGGCAGAUGUACCAACGCGGAGAAGACCAGAACAAACAGACUGGAUUUUGGGGCAUGAUCAAGAGUGUUACCUCGACCCAAACAGGCAGCGAAAACCUCUCUCUGAUCCAGCAGGAAGUUGAUGGUCUGGAAGAGCUGAGUCGGCAACUCUUUCUGGAGACUGUUGACCUGCAAGCUACCAAGGAGCGAAUUGAGUACUCGAGGACAUUCCAGGGGAAAUACUUCAACUUCCUCGGCUAUUUCUUUUCCAUCUAUUGUGUUUGGAAAAUCUUCAUGGCCACAAUAAACAUUGUGUUUGACCGAGUGGGGAAAACGGAUCCAGUGACGAGGGGCAUUGAAAUUACAGUGAACUACUUGGGUAUCGAUUUUGAUGUUAAGUUUUGGUCUCAACACAUCUCUUUCAUCCUGGUGGGAAUAAUAAUCGUUACAUCCAUACGUGGCUUACUCAUCACCCUCACCAAGUUCUUCUAUGCAAUAUCAAGCAGCAAGUCAUCCAAUGUCAUCGUGCUCGUCCUGGCUCAGAUAAUGGGGAUGUAUUUCGUAUCAUCAGUCCUGCUGAUGCGCAUGAGCAUGCCGCUGGAGUAUCGCUCCAUUGUGACCGAGGUUCUCGGAGAGCUGCAGUUCAACUUCUAUCACCGCUGGUUUGACGUCAUCUUCCUGGUCAGCGCCCUGUCCAGCAUCCUCUUUCUUUAUCUUGCUCACAAACAGGCACCAGAGAAACACAUGUCCUUCUGAUCUCCUGCACUGCCUCUCCUAUCUCUUUAAUGUGACUCUUGGCCCAAAGGGCGACUUUAAAUCUGGAAUAUAGGGAUAUCCAGACUUUGUUUUGUUUACAAGACAUAAUUGUCUUGACUGCCUAUUCCUGAAUCAGGAAUGUUGUUGAAUCCAGGUGACGGUGAACACUGGAGCAGCUUUGGAUGUGUGCUCUGUUGAAUUAAAAAAGUAUUUUCAAUACAA